GCUGCAGCGCUCCGGGACCGUGGCUUUCUCCGGGGGCUGGAACCAGCCCCUGGGGCAGCCCCGGGCUCUGCCGACACCAGCUCCUGAGCCGGAGCCUGCAGGAUUUCUGAUUCUCAAAACCCAGCGUGGUCUCCAGAUGGAACAAGGGGAAGAGCUGUGGGUCCCAAAUCUCCAGGGUGCUGAGGAAAGGGAGAGUCCAAGAGGCUCAUGGGCAGCAGGUGAUGGGACGGUGAGUGAGAGCGAGGAGGAGAACCCUGAGCAGGAAGGUCCUGAGCAAGUGGAACCGCAUGAGGCGGGACCAGGGAGAUCUGAUGGGGAUGUUUCCCCCGAGCUCGGUGAAGCCUGCGGGAGUCAGGGCAGGUCAGAGAAGGAGCAGGGAAGCCACCCAGAAGAGAGACAGGAGAAUCCCGGUCACACUGGGGAACAUUUGGGGAGACACAAUGACUCUACAAUCCACAGGGGACUCUGCCUCGGGGAGAAACCCAACACGUGUGAGGACUGUGGGAAAAGCUUCAGUCUGAGGUCAAAUCUGAUCACCCAUCAGAGACUGCACCUGGGGGAAAGACCCUACCAGUGCCCGGAGUGUGGGCGCUGCUUCAGCCAGAGCUCGCAUCUCAUCACGCACCAGCGUCUGCACACGGGAGAACGGCCCUACCGGUGCCGGGACUGUGGGAAGAGCUUCAAUGUGAACUCAGACCUGAUUAAACACCAGCGAACGCACACGGGCGAGAGGCCCUAUCCCUGCACUGUGUGUGGGCGGCGAUUCAGCAGCAGCUCCAACCUCACGAGGCACCAGCGGCUGCACACGGGUGAGAGACCCUAUCGGUGCGAGGCCUGUGGGGAAAGCUUCCGGGACUGCUCAUCCCUCACGAUCCACCAGAGGGCACACACAGGAGAGAGGCCCUAUGUCUGCCCCGACUGCGGGAAAGGCUUCACUGACAGCUCCCUCCUCAUCAAGCAUCAGAGGACGCACCAGACAGAGAAGUGCUUUAACUGCCCUGACUGCGGGAAAAGCUUCUCCACCAGCACGUACCUGGCCAGGCACCAGAGAACCCACCUGGCCGAGAAGCCCUAUCGGUGCGAUGAGUGUGGCAGGGGAUACAGCCAGUUCGCUCACCUCACCACCCACCAGAGAGUGCACACAGGAGAGAGGCCCUACAUCUGCCCUGACUGCGGGAAAAGCUUCACCACCAGCUCUGCCCUGACCAAGCACAAGAGAAUCCACACGGGAGAGAGACCCUAUGUCUGCCCCGACUGUGGGAAAAGCUUCACUCAGAGCUCAAACGUUAUCACCCACUGGAGACUCCAGCACGGGAAAUCCCUGUGGUUUCAGUUUCCUAAACCUCAGAGGAUCCCUUGGAUGGAGCAAGAGGAAAAGCCAUGUGUCCCGGAUCUCCAGGUCUCCUCGGAAGAGGAGAUCCCAAGUGAUGCUAGCACAGGUGACGGGAUGGUGAGUGAGAACGAGGAGAACCUUCAGCAGGAAAGUCCUGAGCCAGUGGAACUGCACAGGUCGGUAGCAGGAGAAUGUGAAGGGAACGUUUCCCAAAGCCCUGACGAGGGAGAGGCCUGUGAGAGUGAGGACAGGUCAGAAGAGCAGCAGGUGGAGAAACUAGCUGUGCCCAGUCCCUGGGAGGGCAGCUACCAAGAGCUUGGAGAUGCCCAGCAGGCCCUGCGGGGGGGUGGGAAGCAGAACAUCUGUGCCGAAUGCGGGAAGCACUUCUCCCGGCGCUCGCACCUCAUCAUCCACCAGCGCAUCCACACAGGCGAGAAGCCCUACCAGUGCUCCGAAUGCGGGCGCCGCUUCAGCCAGAGCUCCACGUUGAUCAGCCACCAGCGCACCCACACGGGCGAGAAGCCCUACACCUGCCCCGACUGCGGGAGGAGCUUCAGCCAGAGCUCCACGCUGCUGACCCACCACCGUCUGCACACCGGGGAGACGCCCUACAAGUGCCUGGACUGCGGGAGGAGCUUCAGCCAGAACUCCACCUUCAUCAUCCACCAGCGCACCCACACCGGCGAGAAGCCCUACACCUGCCCCGACUGUGGCAAGAGCUUCAGCGUCAGCUCCUACCUCAUCACACACAACCGGAUCCACCGCGGCGAACGCCCCUACAAGUGCCCUGCCUGUGGGAAGGGCUUCAUCGACAGCUCCACCUUCGUGCGGCACCAGCGCACGCACACAGCAGAGAAGCCCUACCGCUGUGCCGACUGUGGCAAGAGCUUCAGCCUCAGCUCCUACCUUGUGAAGCACCGCACCCUGCACACGGGUGAGCGGCCCUACAAGUGCACCGAGUGUGGGAAGCGCUUCGGCGAGAGCUCGGACCUGUUGCGGCACCAUCGCACCCACACUGGCGACAGGCCCUUCCAGUGUGCCCAGUGUGGGAAGAGCUUCGGGGAGAGCUCCACGCUCACCCGUCACCAGAGGACCCACCUGGGCAAGGAUGCACCCAUCUACUACCACUGCGACCUGGCAGACUUCCCGCUGAACUUCCUGGGUCAGAGGCAGCCGCUGGUGCAUCCGGGAGCUCGGGCUGAGCCGCUGCCGCUCCCCAGCGGGGGGCUGGUGACCUUCGAGAAGGUGGCUCUGUAUUUCACCAAGGGGCAGUGGGAACUUCGGGACCCAGGUCAGAGAGACGUCAUGCAGGAGAACUAUGAGUCCCUGAUAUUGCUGGACUUUCCGAUUCCUAAACCCAACGUGAUCUCUCGGAUGGAAACAGUGGAAGAGCUGGGUGUCCCGGAUCCCCACGCCGCUAAGGAAUGGGAGAUCCUGAGAGUAGCCCCCACAGCAGAUGAUGGGAUGGGGAGUGAGCAUGAGGAGGAGAAUCUGGAGCAGGAAAGCUCUGAGAUGGUGGAAUUGGACAUGAUGUUGCUGGGAAGAGCUGAAGAGAACAUUUUCCAGAGUCCUGAACUUGGAGAAGCCUGUGAGAGUCAAUGUGGACUGGAGAGGCAGCAGGAAAACCACCCAGAUGAGAGACUAGGGAUAUCCACUCACCCAGGAGAAGGGUUUAAGGAAUUCAACAACAUCAGCAUCAACCGGAGAACAGAGAAGUCAGAAACCCAGAAAACAUGCACUGAGUGUGAGAAAACCUUUUCUUGGAGGUCAGAGCUGCUAAUCCAUCAGAGACUGCACACGGGAGAGAAACCCUACAAAUGCCUCGACUGUGGGAAAAGUUUCACACGAAGCUCAAACCGUAAUGCGCAUCAGAGGAUCCACACAGGAGAUAAGCCCUAUAAAUGCACUGAGUGUGGGAAAAGCUUCAGCCAAAGCUCACACCUGGUGAAACAUCAGCGGCUGCACGUGGGAGAGAAGCCCUACAAGUGUACGAAAUGUGGAAAAAGCUUCAGCUGGAGCUCAGACCUUAUUGUUCACCAGAGAAUCCACACAGGAGAGAGACCCUAUAAAUGCCUCGACUGUGGGAAAAGCUUCAAUCGGAGCUCGAACCUUAACACACAUCAGAGAGCCCACAUGGGAGAGGGCCCCUACAAUUGCACCGAGUGUGGGAAAAGCUUCAGUUACUGCUCCUCCUUCAUUAGACACCAGAGAACCCACACAGGAGAGAAACCCUACAAAUGCACCGAGUGUGGGAAAACCUUCUUCGAGAGCUCGGCCCUUAUCAGGCACCAGAGGAGCCACACUGGAGAGAUGCCCUACAAAUGCACCGAGUGUGGGAAAAGCUUCUUCGAGAGCUCAUCUCUUAUCAAGCACCAGAGGAUCCACACCGGAGAGAAGCCCUACAAAUGCCCUGACUGCGGGAAGAGCUUCAAGCAGAGCUCAUCCCUCAUCAAUCAUCUGAGGACCCACACCGGAGAGAAACCCUACAAAUGCACCGACUGCGGGAAAAGCUUCACUGUGAGCUCCGCUCUGAUUAGACAUCAGAGAAUCCACCUGUGAUAGACACCAGCUGCCAAUUUCCCUUCUGGGGCUUGGCCGCUGCUUACGUGAGGCCUGAAGAUAGGUCUGGGAACCAGAACAGGCAGCUGUGGAUCCUUCGAGGUGCUGGGUGUUGGAAAGGGCCCUCAGAAAGCCUGGGUGUUUGGUCUCUUGUUAUUCAUUCAGUGACCUUGUCCCAGUCUGUCACUGAAUGGAGCUGCCUGGAGAAGGACUAUGCUGUUUGGGCUGAUUCAGGCAGGGGCUGGAUCUCACCAGGUGUCAGUAUGGCAUCGGCCGUGAUGGGGCUCCAAUCUCAGAUGGGUUGUCUCAGUACUGCACAUAUUAACAAUUAGAAAAGACUGGCCCUUAUUUUCCUCUUUCCCUGGUGGUCUCCUCAUCUUCCUCUCUCUCUCUUUCCCCUCUGUCCAGUCACUGGAUUGAAGAAGACCCAGGAGAGUCCCUGAGAGAAUGUACAGAGGUAAAGGAGAAAGCUGUGAAUCCGAGCUGUCCAGUCAAUGAAACACCCCCAGAGCCAGGGGGAUCUGGGCAUGAGUGUGUUGUGUCCCA